AUGCCCAGCUCCAAGGGAAAUCCCACCGAUCCCGAACUUCGGGAGAAGAUCAAAGAGGAAGUGAAGAAUGAGGAAAAAGGCGGUGGUAAAGGCUCUUGGUCUGCGUGGAAAGCCGGCGAACUCGCUCGUCGAUACGAGGAGCAAGGCGGCGAUUACGAAGACACAGGGGACAACAAGAACAAGUCCAAGAAAGGACCACCGGAGAAGAAGUGA